ACACGCUUGUGAACUGGCACAUCUGGAGCUGUCCUUAAUGAUGGAAGAAAUAAAUACAAUCUGUUACUUUUAUGAAUCUUGCAAGGCUAAGGAAAAGGAAGACCAGAAAGGAAAUCAGGGGAUGAAGAGCAGUAAAGAAACAGAAGCAACCAGCAAGAAGGACUCAAUUCUGAAAGAACUGUCAGAACACCACCACCACACUGAACAAACUCUCUGUCAGAAACAUUUGGAAGAAAUCAAAUAUUCAGGCCUCAACCAGGAUUUAGCAGCACCCAAACAGAGCCUACAUUUUCUGGAAGAAAUUCUGUACCACUUGUCAAUUUGUCAUCCUGGCUUACAAAUCCCACAUUCUAACAUCACUGAACAAGAAGAGCUACAUUCUUCGGAAGCUGAGCUUUCUCCAAACUCUCUGACUCAAAUACUACAUGUUUCAGCAGUAAAGAUAGUGAAGCUGGAAGCUCUGAGGCAAGCGUGUCUGUACAGAGUCCUGGAUCUCUACAACAACCUACAGAGGCUGACUUUCCCAGAAGAUGUGACAAGAAUCCUGAACAGCUUAAACUACAAAAGUGCUGGUGAAGAAGCAGCUCAAGAGGUUGCUCAAACUAGAGAGAAACAGCAAGUGGCAAGAGCAGUGGCUUUUCUACAGAAGCAUCAUCAGGAAGGGGAUUUGCUUAUUGGUUUACAUGAAGAGUCAGAGGCUGAGCUCAGAAAUAUGAAGGUGCAAUUUAGACUGGAACUUCAAACACAGACAGAAGAAAAGAUGCAAGCCAAAGAAAUGCAAGUGAUUCAGGAGGCUGAAGGACAGGGAUUAGGGAAUCUUGUGGCGUAUUUCAUCCUAUCUCAGAGACACCUGCGGCAAACAGUCAUGAUGCUACAAGACUGCUACAGGCUCCAGAAGACUGCCUUGAGGUCUCAAAUCGAAGGCAUAAACCUGGAACAGCUUGUUUUAAAAGAGUUAUCGACUGAUGAUGACGUGAGGGGGAUUUUGCAUCUCCUGAAAGACAACACGGCAUAUAUACUUUUAGUGCUGGAAUACAUACAAGCAGCCCAAUUUUUACAACUGAGAGAGUCACAAUUUAAGGAAACAGCCAGAAGCCUAAAAGUCUACAUCCAGGAGAAGUCUGUGGAUGAAGCUAACAUCACAGCCAAUGAACUGAAAAAAUUCAGAGAGCAGAAAGUAAAGCUGCUGAAGGAUCAGCUGAAAGUCUUCCUGGGAAAUAAAAGAGCAGAGAAGAAUACUUCAAGUAAUUUUGACCUAUUGCAGAACCUGAUGAAACAAUACAGUGAAACACAAGCCUUCUUCGGAAAGGAUUUUCAUCCAGACUUGGAAGAGAUGAGACUGAGACUAGAAGGAAAAGAAAGAGACACACAGCAGAGCAACGGUCCCCUGUCAUCUGUCACAGAGUCUUCCUGGAUUCAAGGGAUACACUGUGAGGCAGAUGACCAGCUCCUAUUGUUCCUGACUGAGAAUAUCAAGGUUCUGAAGCAAGCAGGACAACUGAUGGCAUCCAGAAUUGUUCUUCUGAAUCCACUGUUCACAAUGCCUCCUCUGUAUGAAACAGCAAGUUCUUUUCAUGAUAUACUGGAUUCCUCAAUGACUUGUAACAGAGAACUAACAGUAGUUCAUCCUGCAACCCUUUCUGCAAGGGAGUUUAUCAUAUAUCAGUAUGGCAUCUCCAUCCUACAGUUCCUCAGACUUCACAUUGAGGCUCCAGAAAUUAACCUAUGUGUUGCCUCCAGCAUACCUCUCAGUAAUGCCACAGGCAAUGCCUUCAGAAACGCUUUCUUUUAUCAGAAUUCAAAGAACAAACUCUUCAUCCUAAGAGAUUUCCUGGGCUCUGUAGGAAGCUUCCUUUUGCUCCUGGUGCACUGUUUUGCUCACAUCACUGCUACUGACUUCAAUGAGGACUCCAACCCAGUCUUUCUGAGGGUUUUUUAUCAGGCACUAAAGGCUUGUUUCAGUGAAAUGUUCUCCCUCAGACUCCAGAUGUCAGCAGUUCUUCAGGGUGAUAAAUCCUCUGCAGUAAGUGAGAUGGUGCUGAAGGAAGAACCGUUCUCCAAAAAGGAAUUAAAUCUCAUCUCCCAGCUUUUUGAGGUGAAAGUGAAAAGCCUCACAGAGAUGGAAACCUUUGAAGAGGAGAACAGGAACCUUGUGCUCCAUGUGAAACUCGAGGAGCUACUAAGUGACAAGUUGUCAGAGAAGAGAAAAGGUUUCCUUCAUGCCUUGAACAGCUAUGAGAAGAACAGCUUUGAACAGAGGACAUGCUUGGAAGAAGAAAACUGUACUUGCUUUUCCCCUUCAGAACUGGAGGAUAAAGUGGAUGUAUUAACUGAAGAGCUGGUGAACGUUGUAGAGAAUGAACACCACUUUUUAGACAGCACAGGCAAUGAAGACUUGUUCUUUGACCGCCUUGAAAGUAUUGGUUUGGAGAGAGACCAUUUGGUAAAGCAAAUAGAGGUGCUGGAAGAGAAGAUAGCACAAGUCAGAAAGUUUUAACCAUGUUCAGAGGAAGACUUGGUGGUAUGGUUUUAAUGUGGUCCUCUGCCUUUGUCUUCAGGCUUUACAGCAAAAAAUGCAUGUUUGGGGGGGGGGGGUUUGUUUGUUUGUUGUAAUAUAUUUUUUCCCUUCACAUUAAAGGCUCAUUAAAUCCGCA